AUGUCGACAAGUAUGCACGGAAACCUAGACGUGGCGGAACUGCACCGAUUUGCAGCCGAGGCAGCCAUCCUCGCGGGCUCGUACCUGCGGGACCAGGCGCUCCUCCGCACGCAAGCCGGCGGGGCUAGCACGUCGCUGGACGACUCGAUACAGAUCAAGGAGAAUGCGGCGGAUAUCGUCACGAAGGCGGAUACGCACUCGGAGCAGAUGAUCACCGGGCUGAUCAAGGAACGGUAUCCGGAUCACAAGAUCAUAGGAGAGGAGAGCUACUCGGCUGGCGAGGAGAAGCGCUUCCUGCUAGACGAUGACCCUACAUGGAUCAUCGAUCCACUAGACGGCACUGUCAACUUUGUUCACCUCUUUCCGACAUGCUGCGUUUCAAUCGGCUUCUGCGUCAACAAAGUACCGGUCGUCGGCGCCAUCUUCGCCCCCAUCCUCGGCGGACUGCACCUCACGAACGCCUCCGGGACGCUCUUCUCGGCCGCCAAAGGGCUCGGCGCCUGGUCCACCCCCAUUCAAUUCCCCUACGACCCGUCCAUCCUCUCUCCUCCCGCCUCGACCUCCGCCAUCCCUUCAAACCCCUCUCUCAAGCCUCAACCCUGGCAACACGCCAUGCCGCUCCCCUACCUCCCACCUCAACCGCUCCCCUCCGACGCUCCAAAAGGCUGUCUCUACCUCUCAGAAUGGGGCAAAGCGCGCCUCGAUACGCCUGAAUCGAACCUCUCGCGCAAGGUUACUUCGUUCCAUAAUAUGGCGGCGGAGAUUGGAGGACGUGGAGGGAAGGGUGGGAUGGUGCAUGGGGUCAGGAGUCUGGGGAGCGCGACGCUCGAUUGUGUGUAUGUUGCGACGGGCGCGGUUGAUAUCUUCUGGGAGGGAGGAUGCUGGGAAUGGGAUGUCUGCGCCGGCAUCGUCCUCAUCACCGAAGCAGGCGGCCGUGUCGUCCCCUCCGCCCCUCCUCCGCAAUGCCUCUCCGACCCGACCGCCCCCAUCCCCGACGCUGACCUCGGCGGACGCCUCUAUCUCGCUGUGCGAGCGUGUGCAGACACGGAAGACGAGACGGGCAGGCAGGCGCAGGACAGGCUGGUGAGGGAGGUCUGGAGGAGGACUGUGCCGCUGAAUUAUUCGCGGCCGACGUAG